AUGUGUCGAAGUUGUAAAUCGUUCCAGAGAAAUCCAUUGCAUGUGGAAGCCGCAGGGCUCAAGGAGGAAUGGAAAGCCUUCGUGCAGCAACAGCAAUCUCAUUACAAGAAGCUGGGAAUUGAUGCCCUGCUGACAUUCACACGAACGAAUAAUUCAAAUGAUGUGCUGGUGGGAGCCAUUGCAUUCAAACUUGUGCAUGAGUUUCAACCGAAAAGCUCCAGCCAAGGCUUGAUGGAGGAUCUGUCUAAAUUGAAGCGUAUGUGGGAUGAUGGCCUCUUGACGGAAGAGGAAUUCAAACAAGCCAAGUCAACGAUAUGGCGGGACUAUGAUAUCGGGCAACUAGAAGGCGGCUUGCCGCUACAGGGAGGCUGCUAG